AUGAUUAUUUCUGCCAAUAUGCUUGCUGCACAGGAUAUUCUGUUAUCUCCUAUGUUCAGAAGCAAUUCCUAUUCUGAGGAUGAUGGAAGACGGUCAAGGAAUAAUGAAGACAUCAUUGUUUCUCCAAAUGAAGAGAUAAUGCAUGAUUGCUACAACCAACACCUGCUUGAGUAUAUGAAGGAUCAUGUUCACUCCAUGGAGGUUAAACAUAACAUGAUGUGUAAGAGGCAUAAAGCUAAGUUGGAGCAGUGCCACAACAGAAUUGACAGAUUGAAAGAGAAAGUUAAAGCUCAAGAAUCGAUCAUAGAUAUGAUGAAUGAUGACAUCAAUCAACUGGAAGCAGAGGUGGCAGAAAAGGAGUCUGAAAUCAAGAAAAUGAGAGAGUGUCAAAUUAGAGAUACUAGGAUGUAUGUGGAGUGCUCUGAAUAUCUGAAGAAUCGCCUGAUGGAGGUUAUCAAGGACCAUAUUUGUAGAUUCAUUGCAUCUUAA